GGGGUGUCCAGUUGGCUUCAGCUCUGUCCAGUUCCCCUGGCGAGCGGCCCUCUGCCCUGCCCACCCCGCCAGCCAGAAGACCCCCCUGGAAGUGACCGUGUCCUGCCGGGUGAAGAGGGAAGGUGUCGAGGCCAGAUGCCUCGCUUGUGAGCAGGCAGUGCAGCCAGAGAGGGAGCAGCAGCCGACCAACCCGUGCUAUUUGCUGAGCGCUGAGCGAGCAAGUGAGUGAGUACUGAGGCCAAGACGUUCCUCCUCCGGGCAGCUCCCCGUGCCCGCAGCCGCCUCCAACACCGCCUGGUCAUGGCCAAGGCGGCCCCGCUGACGGUCCUGCUCCUGUGUUCGCUCCCCCUGGCCUUCCCCGAGCCCUCGGCCCCGUCCCCUCUCCCCGGGCCCGCCUCCCCCUCCUCUCUGCCCGCCACCCCCGAGCCCCCGGGCCCCGACUCCCUCCUCAUCAACGAGAUCAACGCGGACAACCCCGGGCAAGACAAGGCCGAGUUCGUGGAGCUGUGGCACCGCGGCGGCGGGCGCGUCUCGCUGGACGGCUAUUGCCUCGUCUUCUACGACGGCCACAAGCUGACGGCCUACCGGGCGCUGCCGCUGACCGGCCUGGCCACCGACGGGGCCGGCUUCUUCGUGGCCGGCUCGCCGGGGCUGCAGCCGCCCCCCGCCCUCCUGCUGCCCGCCGGGACCAUCCAGAACGGGCCGGACGCCAUCGCCCUGCACCGCGGGGGCCCGGCCUGCCGCGAGGGCCAGCCGGUCACCUCCCGGGGGCUGGUGGACGCCUGGGUCCACGCGUCGCGGCGGGAGAGGCGGCCGGAGGAGCUGCUGCGGCUGCUGACCCCCGGCCGGGAGCCCCUGCUGGAGGACGCGGCCUUCCACGCCGGGGACGAGUCCUUGGAGCGCUGCCCCGGCCCGGCCGGGGGCUGGACCGUCCAAGUGGCCGAGCCGUCCCCCGGCCGAGCGAACCCCUGCAUCCCGUACGCCCAGCUGAACCGCUCCGCCUUCUUGCUCAGCGAGGUGCUGCCGCCCGCCGACGGCGCGCCGGGCUUCGUGGAGCUGCAGGGGCCUCCGCUCGGCCCGCUCCGGGACACCGUGCUGGUGCUGCUGGACGGCCGCACCGGCUCCGUGGCCUCCUCCCUCAACCUCAGCGGCCUCAGCACCAACGCCCACGGCUUCUUCGUGCUGCGGACAGAUCAGAGACUCCCCGACGACCCCGGCCCCCUCCUCCUGGCCCCGGGCCCCGCAGCCGUCGCCCUGUACCGGGGAGAGGGGCAGGGGUUGGAGCCGGGCAAGCCCCCACCCUCUGCAGGCCUGCUGGACGCCCUGGUGUACGGUCCCGAGGGCACCGUGCCCGCUGCCCUGCUGGAGGCUCUGACGCCGGGGCGGCCGGCCUUGGCCACCCCCGGCCCCCCGCUCGCAGAGUCCGGCGCGGCGCUGGCCGUCUCUCUGAGCCGCUGUAGCUGCUGCUCCAUCUCCCGCGACUCCACGCUGUUCGCCCUGGGGAGCCCGACCCCCGACCUGCCCAACGACUGCCCCUCCCGCCGCUACAGCCUGCAGCUGGCCUUCUGCCUCCGCCCGUGCCCCGACUCCGACUGCUCGGCGUGGCUCAAGGAAGAAUCGGCGUUGAAGGUCGAACUGGCUGGGCGGUUGGAGGCCGAGUGCCACUGUGGUGUAACCGCUGUCUACCUCAAAGACUGGACUCUGAAGUGCCAGGGCCCGAAGCUGGCGGCCUCCGCGCUCCUGGUCGCCAGGUCCCCUGAGCAGCAGCGAAGCCUCGACUCGGCUUUGAGACGCGUCCUGGCUUCUCCGGAGCCGUGGUGGGCCGGGACCGACAGGAAUGCCACGCUCGUGUCCCCCUGUUCCUUGGAACCCUCUCCAGUCCCCGAGCUCCUGAUCAACGAGGUGAACGCGGACAGCCCGGGGGUGGACGAGGACGGCGAGUUCGUGGAGCUGUGGAGCCCGGCGGGCCCCCGGGCCCUGGACGGUUUCUGGCUGGUGCUGUACAACGGGCGGGACGGGCGGGUCUACCGCGCCCUGGACCUGCGGGGACGGCGCACGGACGCGGCCGGCCUGUUCCUGGUCGGCUCGGCUCGGCUGGGCCCCGGGCUGGCCCUGCCCCCGAGCUCGCUGCAGAACGGGGCCGACGCCGUGGCCUUGUUCCGGGGACCCCCGGGCGCCUUCAAGAAGGGGUCGCUGGUCACGGCGCGAGGCCUGCAGGACGCCCUGGUCUCCUCGGCCUGGCCCGGAGAGCGGGCCCAGCGCCUGCUGGACGUCCUGACCCCCGGGCAGGAGCUGCGGCUGGAGAAAGGCCCGGACCAGAGCCCCGGGGACCUGUCCCUGAGCCGCUGUCACAGCGUCCAGCCUCGCAGUCAGGCCAGCUUCCAGCUAACUCGGGUGACGCCUCUCUCGGAGAACGACUGCCCCCCACUCGUGACCUCCAGCCCCCCACUCGUGACCUCCAGCCCCCCACUCGUGGCCCCCAGCGCCUCUGGGCCCCCGGCCCCCGUGGUCAUCAGUGAGCUGAGCUCCGCUCCGUUUGUGGAGCUGUGGGGGACGCCCGGAGCCAGGGUGGAUGGGCUGGUCCUGGCGCUGCUGGGGCCAGAUGGCAUCGUGCGGGCCAGCCUCCCGCUGCGGGGCCUUGUCCGGACCCACGGCCUCUUCCUCGUCGCCCCCAAAGAAGGGAGACCCUCGCCAGACCAGCCGUGGCCGGGCUCGGCGCUCCUGAGCGGGUCCGGGGCACUGGCCGUAUACGACAGCCGCUUGGCCAGAGUGGCCGUGGGCCAGACGAGGCCUCGGGCUGGGCUCCUGGACGCGGUGGUGUUCGGGAGGGAGGCUGGAGCAGAACCCGGCCCGCUGACCCUCCUGGGGCCCACGCACUUCUUAGCCAGUGACAGAGAAAGCCUCUGGUCCCUGAGCCGCUGUUCCCCGCCCGGCCACGAUGCUCUGGCUUUUGCCUCUUCGGACCCCACUCCCGGCUCGGUCAACAGCUGCCCCACCCGGCUCUUCGCCCUCGCCCUGGACCUGUGUCUGCCGGCGCCCAACUGCUCGGCUGAGGCCCAGCCCUCCGCCCUGACCGUGACGGCCGCGCAGCGCGCUCUGGUGAACGCGGUUAACAGGAACUGCUCCUGCGGCAUCUCCGAGUUCUACCUGCAAGAGACCCACUUCUCGUGCUCGGCGGCCGCCCUGCGCGUCUCGGGUCGGCUGUGGGCCCGCUCCCCUGAGCAGCAGGUCCGAGUGUCCGGCUGGUAUACCCACCUCCCUGCCCAGCUCCCGCCUGACGGGGCCGCCAGCGCGGGCCCUGCCUGUGUGGCUCUGGGGGCCAAGACGGCUCCAAGCCGCGCCUCUCUCCGGGCCUGGGAGACGAGUCUCAUCGUUCUGGGGAGCCUGCUGAUCCUCGCGCUGCUGGGAGCCCUUUGUUACCUGCAGAGACGCCGCCCCGAGCCCUACAGCCACAUCGAGCUGACCGACCGUGAGCAGAUCAAGUCGGAUUUCUGAGUCCGGAGCCGGGCUUGGGCCCCGGACGGCCGUCCAGGCUGGAAAACGCCCCUGACUCUGUGCGAGACUCUCAGCAAACGGCUCUGCUGCCCCUGCCCCUGGGCCCACCCGUCUCCUUGCUCCCGCGGUCACUCGGGGGUGGAGGGCAGUGCCUGGGUGGGGGCUGUGGCUUCUCCCUCUGCCCCUGGAUCUCCCCUGCCCAGACUGGGGGUGGGGCUGGGGGGGA